AUGGACAAAAUGAUGAAGUUAUGGAAAGAGUUAAUGAGAUGUUUUAAAGGACUUUCCACGCAAAAUCAAAACAAAUCAGUUCAAGAUUCUGCAGCAAAUGUUCAAGAGUCUGCUGCUGCCCAGCUGCGACUUUGGCGCGAAUGUAUGCGCCGCUACGAGACAGUGGCACGUGACGUUGGCGAUACGGAUGCAAGACUCAUGGAGGAGAUCACUAAGCAGCGCUCAGAGAUGGCCGAGAUGGCGAGUAUGUGGCAGGAAUGUCUGCAGCGUUAUCGUGAAAUGAGUAGCGACUUCAACAACCUGAAGCAACAGGUCAACAUAACCAAACAACAGUUCAUGGCUCCUGAGAGUCCAACGAGGCAGCUGCCCGCCGCCGUGCCUCUUACAUGUGCUGAGGGAGAGGGGUCUCAGCCGCCUGCACCAUACCGCUUGCCCAAUCACUACCCACCGCCAUCGAUUCCACCGAUGGCGGGUGGUUACGCGAGCGGUUCUCCGUUGCGGUCACGCGCGUCCGCACCGCCCGCGUGGUGGUGGUGCGGGGACGCGCGCAGAUCACCGCGGCGCCGCUCCUCGCCGGAGUCGCGUGGCUCUCGCGACCGAGAGCGACGUCACCGGCACAAGGACCGCGACCGAGACGAUUCGAGAUAUAAAGAAAAGUCGUCGAAACCAAGCGCAGCUCGCUCUGAACAUAGGCAUAGAAAAAGAUGA